AUGACCAUCUAUUCAGACCAUCAGUCAAGGUACACAACCCCCCUUGGCUAUGUCGACGCCAUGAUCUCAGAGUACGAAUCGAUCAAAGAACCAAGCCACGGUCUACGCUACAUACGCGACAAUUCCAGACUCUACUCUUCGUUUUGCGACCUCAUCAAACACCACAUUGGCCUGAUCAUGAGUCGUCCCAAGGCGAUCGAGGAUGGCCAUGUUACAGUCUACGACAAAUGUCUAUUGGAGUUGUGUCGCAAUGGUAAAUACGUAGACGGUUUGGCUGGUCAAGAGUAUUUCAUUCGAGAAUUCAUGGGCAUUGAUCCAGACUCGCGUAUGCGAAGAGACGUUGAGGACAUGAUUGACCGCGGGGUCUCAGUCAAGGAUGAGCUUUUGGGGUCCUCUCGGUCGCGCUCCCAAUCUGAACACCGCCAAAUCAUCAAGGAAGAAAAAAAUGCCAUCGCAGUCACGCAAUCCCAAGUGGCCCCUUCUCAGAACCUACCCUUCAGCGAGACGAUAUUCGCCGCCUACGCAACAGUCUUCCAUCCAGACAUGACCAUCAACACAAAUAUCAAUCGGAUGCUACACACUUACUUUAGAGCCAAAAAUGAUUUCUACACCAGACACGAGUCAAACCAUUACCAAUGUGAUCCAGAACGAGCCGACGCAGCGAAGUUUCUACGUGACAGCGCAGAAAAUGCACUAAAUUACCUUGAAGCACAGGAGCUGUUGUCGACGUGUGAUAGCGACUUGGUACUUGAGCUCCAGACUGUGUUUAGUUUUGCGAAGAGCAAGGCCAUUGAGAUUCUGGGUGGAAGGAAGCGGCGAUUCGAAAUUGAGAGUGUCUACAGGGAUGGUGGUGGUAACGACAACAGAGACAGAAACAAGGUGUUAUUGACGGACAGAUACCCGUACCCGAUGCAGAGAAAGCGUCACUCCAUUGAUCGGUACACUGGUGCGUAUGCUGAUCAUUCAUGGCAUCCGUAUGCUAGAAACGAGAUGUCGCGUUCUGUGAGACGUCACUCAUGA